AUGCAGGUCCCGGCGGCCGCGGAGCGCAACAAGGGCCCGAUCCUGGAGGUGCUGCGGCAGUACGCGGGGGGCGGCGGGGGCGCGCUGCGCGUGCUGGAGGUGGGCGCGGGCUCGGGGCUCCACGCCGCGCACUUGGCGCGGGCGCUGCCGCGGACGCGCUGGCAGCCCUCGGACAUCGACCCUCGGGCGCUGCGCAGCAUCGCUGCCUAUGUGGAGGCCGCGGGGGUGCCCAACCUGCUGCCCCCCAUCCUGCUGGACGUGUCACAGGGCUGGGAGACCUGGGGGGGCACCCAGCCCGCCACCCUCGACCUCCUGGUCAGCAUCAACAUGAUGCACAUCGCAGAGCUGCGGUGCACCGAGGGCCUGUUCAAGGGUGCCGGGGUGCUGCUGAAGCCCGGAGGUGUGCUCUUCACCUAUGGGCCCUACGCCGUGGACGGCCAGAUCAGCCCCCAGAGCAACGUGGACUUUGACCGCAGCCUGAGGCAGAGCAAUCCCGCCUGGGGGCUGCGGGACACGGCGCUGCUGCGGGAGCUGGCCGAGGCCAACGGGCUGUGCCUGGAGAGGAUGGUGGACAUGCCGGCCAACAACAAGAGCCUGAUCUUCCGCAAGCUGUAACCUGUCCUGACAGCGCUCCCAGCGCCUCCCGGCACUGCUGUCCCCACCGAUGCCUCCUGCGGGGGUGUCACUGUCCCGCCAUGGCUGCCGGUGGGGCCGGGGACAGCAGUGGUGGGACAGAGCCCCACUCUCCCCAGCCGGGGCUGCCUUGGUUCGGGGGGUCCAUCUCCCCCGGUGCCUUUGGGGCUCCCUUUGCAGUGGGGUGCCCCAGCCUGGACCACGGGAGCCAGCACAGCUGCCAAGGGGGGCACGGGUGUGGGGGAGGGACACAACACCCCUGGGCAUGAGGGAGACUCCUUGCUCCGUUUCCUCGGAGGAUGCUGUGCUGAUGGUGUCCCACUUCCCUCCCUUCCCAAGACUGUGCUGCUGUUCCCCCAAUAAACUCUGUGGCUUUGCCCCCCA